AUGAACAUCUCGAAUUGCUUGGGACUGCGAGCUUUUGCGGAUGCACAUGCAUGUAAAGAGCUUUUAUCCUGCGCCAACAAGUAUAUCCUGCGUAACUUCAAGGGCGUUAUUGGUACUGACGAGUUUCACCAGCUUCCAUUUAACCAACUAGAAGAACUGAUUUCAAGUGAAGAACUUCAGGUGACAUCAGAAGACCAGGUUUAUAAGGCAGUUCGUUGA